CCCCGGCAAACGCAUCCAGUCCAUCGCUCUGGCUUCUUCCGCCAUUCCUCCUCCCCCGCCGCCACCCAAUCUCACCCGCCCGCCCAAACUACUCUCGCCAGUAUGGGCAACACAAACGGGAAACCCGUAGUGUUUACCGAUGAAGUCAAUCUCAACCACUUCCGAUUAUUGCGGGUCGUCGGAAAGGGCGCCUUCGGAAAGGUCCGGAUCGUGGAGCGGAAAGAUACAGGGUUGACGUUUGCCCUGAAGUAUAUCAGGAAGGAUGAGGCUAUCUUACGCGCAGUGGUGAGAUCGGAGAGCGUGCGGAAUAUCAUUCGGGAACGUCGCAUGUUGGAACAGCUAUGCCAUCCGUUUCUGUGCAAUCUGCGAUACAGUUUCCAGGACAUUGAAUACUUGUACUUGGUUGUCGACUUGAUGAACGGUGGAGAUCUGCGGUUCCACAUCUCGCGCAAGACCUUCACCGAGGAAGCUGUCAGGUUCUGGAUGGCGGAGUUGGCGUGUGCGGUCCUCUACAUUCAUGGCCGAGGAAUUGUGCAUCGAGACGUCAAGCCGGACAAUAUUCUCCUCGAUAGCGACGGUCACGUCCAUCUGGCCGAUUUCAAUGUAGCUUCGGAACUCCACGCCGACCGGCCAUUGACCAGCAAGUCGGGCACCCUCGCCUAUCUGGCCCCAGAAGUGUAUUCUGGAGCUGGAUAUGGCACCGCUGUGGAUUGGUGGUCCCUAGGAGUUGUUUUCUACGAGUGCAUAUACGGAAAGAGACCGUUCAUCGCAGACACCCACGAGUCACUAGGAAAAGAAAUCAUGAGGGCCAAUCCAAGGUGGCCCGUCACCGAUCCACCGGUGACGACGAAAUGUAUGGAUGCAAUACGCAAGCUUCUGGUCACCGACACCACGCAGAGAAUAGGUGCCGCCGGCUGGAGCACAUACACGGAUCACCCCUUCUUCCGCGAACUCGAUUUCGAGGCCCUCGAGAGGAAAGAGAUUGAGCCCGUCUUCAAACCGUCAAGCGAUAAGACCAACUUUGAUGCCACAUACGAUCUCGAGGAGUUAUUGUUAGAAGAGGCUCCGCUGGAAGCACGAGCACGGAGGCAGAAGCCCAGGGAGCGACUGAAGGAAGACGCGACUGCGCAGGAGAUCCGGGAGGAGGAAUUACAUAAGAUGAUCGAGACGCUCUUUGAGCCCUUUGAUUACACCACCGUUGCGUACGACAAAUAUGCCGGAACAGUCGAUCCCACGACGGCAUCCGUGGGCCCGCCACCGGAUUGGGUCCGCCCAUCCAUCAAUCCUUGCCGAUCCGAAAGCCAAGAUUUCUCGGGUGCCGUGUCCAUCAGUGCCACACAGAAAUCUGGAAAAUCCAUCACUAGCUCCCCGUCCUCUGGAUCUCCACCAUUGGAUCUCGGCGAGAGGAUGCCACACCGAGCACCCGCCGAACCGAGUCACAACCCCCACCACCACAUUGUGAGGAUUGGCACUGGCGGCAGCAGUCAGAGACACGAGUCGGCGGGUGGAGGAGUAUCAGUGGUUCUGGAUGAGGCUGGAUCGUGGUCGUCCUUGGCGGACAAAUCGACCACGGUACCAAACAAGUCGAAACCUUCGGGGAUGCUUGGAUUCAUGAAGCGGAAGGGUCGAGCUUCGAGUCCAAAGCCACAGGAGCCGGGUGUGCUAGGCCGUGAGGGCGCUCGAGUCAUCAUCGCAUGAAAUUGCAGUCCACUGCUGUUUUCAAAAGCACCACCAUUGUUGUUGAUAAUGAAGUUUCAUAUUGCUUUCGUCUGCUUGGCCAUUUACGGGAUUUCCUUUUUCACUAUUCUUUCCUUUUUUCGUCUCCCAUUUUUAAUCCUGCUCUUUUAUUUGGCCCGUGGUGUGC